AUGUCAUACAACUACAAUAAACCCACAAGCCCUCCUCCCUCCUACCCAGCUCCCGUCUACGACUCAGGCGCUUACCAGCAGCCGCCUCCCCAGCCCGGUGCUGCCAACGACUACUACUCCCAAGGCCCUCAGCAAAAUUACUAUCCACCGCAGCAGCAGCAGCAGGGCUACGGACCUCCCGACCAAGGCUACUACGGCCAGCCCCCUCAGGGCGGGAUGUACUACCAGGACCAGAAUUACCCCCCGCAGCAGGGAUACUACGAUGACGACCGAGGCGCCGGCCGCGGCGGCGGCUCAAAUGCCGGAGGCAUCUGUGCUGGUAUCAUGGCUGCGAUGGCCUGCUGCUGCUGUUUGGAUGUCCUGUUCUAA